AUGAACGUUUACAUCAAUUGCUCUCUCGCGAUCCAAGCAUCCCGCGGGAAGUUUUUUGUGUGUUGUCUGCCUGCUGUGGUUGCUGCGAUUGGGAGAAGGAAAAACACCAUUCCGUUUUCACUUUUUACUGGACGAACCGCGAGAGAAAUGUUCGAGCCAUUGUUGUGGAAUGGUAAGAAACUGAAGCGUAAGGCGUUUGUGCAUUUGUGUGUGUGUGCAUGUUUGGUGCAGGUCUGUCCGAUUUCUGCUGCUGCUGCUGAUGUCCCAUUCGAUUCUUAUUUUUCUGCGAAUUUUGCAAACACGCACAAACCAAAUAGACGGAAGUGGUAUUGUCCACAUCACAGCUGGACAUCCGCACUAGAACCGUUAUUGCGUGUCGCUAGUGCAUCACCCCUAACGGUUCGCUGUACAUCUGUCCACGGCGCAAAGGACGACAGUCCGGUUGCGUUUCCGAAUCGAUUGCGUAUUUGCCGUUUGAUGUAUAAGCCACUGCCUCGCGGUAGUUGCAAAUUGGAUCCGCGCCACUAUCGGAAUCGUCGGCUGGCGCUGAUCAAAAAGCGGGCCAUAAAGGUAACACAAGCGUGUGCAGCUCGCCGUGCCAUACCACAGUACUUCCAGAAGCGUAUCAAGCACAGCUUGCUUGCUAAGAAAACUGCUUCCCGGGAAGAGGACUGUGCUCCAGCAGAUUGUGAACUGUCCGGAACUGCAAACGGAACGAAGGAUUCCGAUAAUUUACAUGCUGAAACAACACCACAUAUCGAUGCAGAUAGCAUAGAAAGUAGGGCGCUUACUACUGUUUCGUCACCCAAAACGACAGUGAUAAAUCGUGCAGACGUACUCAGUAAUAUCAAGGAGUAUUGCUCGAUCCAGUCCGCCAUAAGACUACUUCUUUCAAUGUUGCAAGAACGGAUGGAAGAGGUAGAAACGAUGCAGAAGAAGAGGAUCCUACCGGAUCCGAAGGAUGAAAUAAUGGAAACAGCUACAACCGUAAUUGCCGAAGUUGAUGGUGUGGUGGCCAGUAAUGGCGUGACUGAAAAUGAUUCAAAGGAAUCGUUGGUUAAAGCCGAGCCUGCCGAUAAACCACCGGAGCAUACGGUGAAGGAUUUCGAUCCUGAUAAAGAAAACAAUGUUCCUUUAGCAAGUACACUGGACUCAAUGUCUCCGGUAACGGUUGCCUUAAACCGCGUCAACAGCACUCCUUCGAAGGAGGAUUCCAAAGAAGACGAAAGACCAUCGUACAGCUUUCUCGAAACAUCCAAAUCCGACAUAUUAGACCCAUCGUACACCUGUGACAUUGAUCUGGAACCGUUGGAAAAUCGCAAAAAUCGCUCCAUCGUAGAUUCGCUGCUGAACAAAUUCAAUCUAUCGCCGCCAGUGAAAGCCGUGGUACCGGUGUCGUUUGCCGACGGUAGCGCCGAUGGUCCGGAUGGACGGCGUAGCUUGCGAGACCGUACAAAAAUUGCUGCCCGGCCAAGGUACAGCGAGGUACCGGAGGAGCCACGCAAGAUGCGCGUUUCGAAGGUGUUCGGGAAGCUGCACAAAACACUCAACCUUGAACUUGACUGCACGAACUCCAACUCUUCGACGGAGUUUUAUGGGUUCGAUGAGGGUGAAGUGGUUAAGCUAGACAAGCCGAGCCUACCCGGGCUGUUGCCUACACCGAUCGUGAAAAAAUCGCAACCAUUUGCCCCAUUCCUCACGUACGGUAGCUGCAUUGAGGCACAGCAAUCGAAAAGCGAAACCGAAACGGAAACGCGGAGCGAUCUAUUCCGCGAAGAAGGAUUGAUAUCGUUCGGUUCGGUGCCGCCGCGUCUUGAAUGUCCAAAGCGUCCCACCGAUAUGGUUAGGCCCCGUACGGUCGCCCAAAAGCGUAUCCUUGUGCAGCGGGAAAACGAUAUCCGGUACGUGAUGAUCGAUAAUGAGUCAAAAAUCUUCCAGUUUCUAAAAAAGCGUAGCCGAAACAUCGAUGCCGCGCUUGACUUUUGUCGUAUGAAGGAGCUGCAGGAUCAGCAGAUUCCAUUCACCCGCUCUACUUGGCGAGCGUUGGCGUGGUUGCGAUCGGAGAAAGGACGAUACUUUUUCCAAAAGAUGAAUAUUGACAAUCGGAUGAUUAAGUUGUCCGGCUGUCGGGGCAAUCAUAAAAUGCAGUUUCUUACAAGGAGUACGGUCUACUCCAGCCCAGUCAUUGCGUCCCGUGGGCAUCGAUAUCAUUACGUAAGCAACUGUCAUUGUCCUGACUUUCCGGAAGGGAUAAAUAUAAAUAUCUCACAAGACGAGGCCGGACAGGGGAGUAAAAACGAAAUGUCCACCCUGCCGGUUGAUAACAGCAAAUAUCUAUUUCACGGUACAUCAAACAAUGCCAACUACCAAAGGAAACGUUCCUUUCCGGGCAGCAAACCCGGCCCAUUGUCUUCAAAGUGUUUGCAACCAACGCCGGAUGAGGACCCAUGUCUUGGACCAUUGGAAAUUUUCAAAAUGCCCAAGGUUGAGCUAGAAGUAUUUCCGAAACUGAAUCGUCCACUAGAUGGGUUCGUCAAACCGUACCUGAAGAUGAUUCUCCCGCAUAAUGAUAUCACGGAGAAUUGGGCACGCUUUGCCGUUUCCACUUUAACCGCCCCUAAGGAAGGAACGAAAGAGCAGGAUAAAAAGUUUAAAGACGAUCAGGAGGAACGAUCGUUUGUGUUCGAGUUACCGUAUCAAAAUAAUCAGCGCCGGAUGUUGAUACGCCGACGACUGCUGGCGUGUCACGGUUCACCGAUGAACGUCGAUGUCGUUCGCUUCACGAAACUAAUGGAUGAAAAGUUGACGUUUCGCAAAACGAUCGAUGAAGCAUUAGCACGCGGAGAACGGGACCAAAUUGAUCCGGAUGAGCUGGUCUGUGCCGAUGUGCUUAGCGAACUUACGGAUUCGGUAGCUAUCUCACUGGCAGAAGAUGUGUUCGAAAAGGAUGAUCCGGAUAUAGAAUACGUGAAAAAGAAAGAGGAAAUGCGUAUGUUACCGAACGAACCGAAGAUUGUACCGAUCGAAGUUGAUACAUCGGAGACCGCGGCUGGUGUGAAACCGACACCCAUUCCGUCCCCUUCGGUUGCCACGCAAAAUGAUGGGGGUGCUGAUGGUGAUGCUGCGGGCAGUGCCGUCAAUGGGACUGCAUCUGAAUGCAGUAAAACAGUCGAUCCCGUCAAAUUGAAGCUUCUCCGAGAAAUGAAACGUCUCAACGCCACCAUCAUCGAAGGGCCAAGUGAACCUAUGCCGAGUGCUACCGAAUUCUGCCGGCAACAGCGGUGUGAUCCACAGUACUGCUCCAAAGGCUGUCUGUGUGACACACUGUCCAGUUCGCAAGCCAUUGCGGUGGCCAACAUGCAUCGGAAGCAACACUGUGGGCAGUUCGAUUGCAUGUUUGGUUGCAUCUGUGGUUUUGCAGAAAAAUCUAACCGAGCGCUUCAAGCCAAGGCGGACCAAGGCGAAGAGGAAGAAGGUGAAACAGCACUUUCAAUAGCGGAGCAAAGAUACCUACGGGAGAAAGCUACCGCACGUUUGGCAAAGGAGGAGCGCGAAUUUACGCCAACCGUCAUACUGACCAAAAACACAACGGUGCUGGUACAAAACAAAGAAUCUGAAUGUCGACGGUUAAAGAAAAAGCCAAAAAAGUAUGACGAUUACUACAAUGAUCAAAGCGUCCAGAGUCUGCUGAAUGGUGGCAGUGUGAAGGAUGUGUCCGGAUACAUCAGUAAACCCCCACCGAACGCCAAACCAUUAACGGAGCUCGAACGCAUGAGACAUGCGCACGUCCUGCUGAACAAGCUCACCCAGCUGGAGGACAUCGAACCUCUGUGCAUGGUGCACGAUCUGUAUCGAUGCUUCUGUGGUGGUAAAGCUACCCAAGGUAGACCGUUUUCCUUUACGGAAGAACAUUGCAUUCCUAUUCCACCGAAAGCGUCCAGCGAAUCGGACGCGACUUCACCAGGCAGGGUUUCGAUGGAGCUGGUGACGUAUGAAGCAGCAGGACGUAUGACAAAAGGUGGUCAAACGUCGUCCAAAAAUCGUACCAAAGACCAGGAGACAAUACAAUAUAGUAUCGAUGCUGCAAGCUCUCCGCUGGUUAAUGUUCGGAAACGGUUAUACUCGUUUGAAAAACCUCACACCGAAUCCAGCGACACCGUUGAAGAAAGGCUAUCGCGAGCGUCCCAAGCAGCGGGCCAACGUAGGCGACGAGAUAGUUCUGAAGAAUCAUACAAACCACCGAACGAGCGUAAAGUGACGAAAAAGAACCCAAAAACAGCAAUGAACAACGAUGCUAUAUCGGACCAUUUCAGCGGUACUAUUCGUGCUCGGCGUGCAUCGGUCGCACCUGGUCAUAUAUUUGCACGGAGUGAUUCCACACUACGGAAGCCCUCGACGCAACCAACUGCAGUUCAAAACAAACGUCUUUCGUUGGCAGCGAGACGUUCUUCGAUAGCAUCUCCUCAUCUACUAUUGCAGAAGAAGGACAUGGGUAAGGCAGCUAAAUCUGCUAACGCAGCAGCUAGUCGAAGCGAAGAGUGCGAACGAAGCACUGUGGACAACCCUCAUUACACAAUUAUUAAACCAACAGCAGGUUCUGGUUCGUCCAAGAUCAACAGUCUCAUCUUGAAACGCGUCCCCUCCCAAACUAUGGACCCGGAAAUGCCAUCUACUAAAUCGAUUGUCAAUUCGGCAACUGCGCAUCAAGCCACUUUGUGUCAAAAGGGUCAGCAAGCCGCCAUUCUUCGGAUGUCGGUUCGUGAGCUAAAGCAGUUAAUGAUGAGCGAAUGCAAAAACGCGAUGCAUGAAACCGAAAUGUCUUUAGAUGCCAACAGCGAUAAGAAGCCAACGGUUGUAAAGAUUUUACUUGUCGACAGUGAAGAAAAUAUUGACAAUGAACCACGGCUAAAUAUCCUUUCUGAAGGUACGAAAAAGUUGGUCAUCAGCGGCAAACGGCUUUCGUUCGUUGAGAACAUCGAGUUUAGGAAUGGCUAUCCUCCAGCACGGACGAUCCCAAACCGUUCUCGCACAGUUUAUGUAGUUGAAAUGGCCACGGAAGGUUCUAUUAUGGUGGACGUGCAAACAAGAGUUAUGAAGACACCGAGUAAAAAGAUUGCGACUCAAAACACUGAACUUCAGAGUAGCAACCGCAGCAGUAGUAGUGGCGCGACCGGUACUGACCCACCACGGAACCAUCCAACGCAGGAAGGUACUCCGGUGGAAAAAACCGACCGUCUGCUUUGUUCGCUGAUGCAUCACAUUAACGAAAUGCUGCGCCGUAACAAUCUCGACAUUAGCCCGGGCAAGAAGGGUAUCUUGCACAUCUGCCGCUGGAAGCAGUUGCUAAGCUCGUUCGCACUCGGGGAGAUUGAUGUGCUCGAUCUAACGCUUACGGAUGGUACGGAGAUGACGGUCAUCACGAAAAAGCCGUCCGUACAACAUCUACUACCCAAUGUGAAAUAUCAGAUCAGUGCGAACCGGCUAACGAUCGACAAGCUGAAUGCUGCCGAGCGACCAUCGUUGCUGAUGAAAAUGAUAGUGUCUCAUGUGGACAACGUGAAGACGAACAGUCUCGCACUGGUGCUGUAUGGUAAUAAGAAUUUCUGGCACUUUUGCGGAUUUCUCAAGGCGAACGAAAAGUGCUUCAGGACCGAUUCUAACGUACUGACUACGCCAUCGACCGAAGCAAGUGCGAAGAUCAAAGCAAGGAUGCGGGAAUACUAUCAAAAAAGUUUCUCACGUUCUGAUGUGAUGAACAUUAGCGAUACUGCCAACAACAAUCGAACAAUCCAGAAGGGCACCUCAACUGAUCAGCAGCAUAGCAGCAGCAGCAGCAGCAGUAGUAGCAGCGCUAGUAUCAAACAGGGAGGACCUGCGACCGUUUCGCUAAGCACACAGUCAAACAUAGAAAUUUUGCGCAAAAGUCCACAACAGGUUCGCUACCCGUUGGGCAUGCUGCCGAGCUUGUCGGGCAAUUCGGCGGCGGAUGGCAGUGAGAAUUGUCGCUGGAUGCGACUAAAAAUCGAGAACGACUUUAGCCACAUGUACAUACAGAGUUGGCAAUGUUGCAUCACGUACGGUACGAUCAAGAAAGCAAUUUAUGAUGCAACUCGUUUAAAGAAAUCAAUCUGCCUGGAAACGCCGAUACCAAGGGAUCAGCUGAAGACGCAGCUGCUACCAUACGUGUAUGCCCUGCCCAAGGAGGGCCAUUCACUUUUCCUAGGACCGUACCCGCACACCGAGACGAAGCUGGAUGUGAUUCUUUGCCAGAGUGUGAAGGGUAGCUUGUACGAACGGGAAGUGUACGAACGGCUGCACAAUAUCCCGACGAAUGGGACUACAAAAAGAACUACCGGCUGUUGGGUCGACUCCGUCACGUCGCGAGUAGUGUCUUUGAACAUACUACCAAAACACCAAGUAAUUGGAGAUGAAGCGAAAAAUACGUCUGCCUCGUCGGUGGCUUCAACUAGCCAACGUUCGCUGCUCAAGCGCAAUAAUAUCUCAACGUUAACAACAGCUGGCACGAGUAACGGAAUUGAACAGGAGAAGGGAAAUGAUGUAGUCAUAAAUCCGGACGAUUCAAACAAUGAGGAUGAUGAUGAUGAUGUGGUUGUUCUGGAAACGAACGAAGAUGAUAUUGAUAAAACAAUUCAGCCAGGCAAUCUGAACGUCAACGUUCAAGAACAACCCUCGCGCAAAGAGUUAGGUGUUGGGUGUAAUGUAGUAGAUCUGUUAAAGCUGGUCCAAGGGACAAUGAAGCAAAAUCAGCAAAAGAAGCGCGAAAUUGAACUGGGCCUGCAACAACACGUUGCUCGUGAUGAUAUUACGAGAAAGCGUAUUGCGGCCGAACCGGCUGCAGUUAGCUAUACGGCUCCCAAAGUUCCUCGCCGAUAUGAUCCUGCCUUCGAAGGUACUGUUGGCACCAACCAAUUAACUAGAGUUGCGCCUCCAAAUGCGAUUCAGUGCACAGGCUUACGGCGACUAUCAAUGUCGGGUACGGGACAAAUAAGAACAGGGCCAACUGUUAUCGGAAACACAAGCAGCACCAUUAUGAUCGCUCCUCUAAACAAAUCCGAAAAGCCAAUUUCGGUAAAAAUUACUAAAAACUCGGAUGCCCUAGCAACACCUCAAACAACAACGAACGUACAGACGCCAUUGGAACGGCGAAGUUUAGGUGCGAUAAAAGUACCAUCAUCGGCGGCAACACUACCCCCGCUACCGGUACCGAGAGCUAGAUUACAUUCGAUUGCAGUUGAGCGUGUUCACCGUGCUCCUGCGCCGCUACUUCAGGUUGAUGAGGACGAUGUAGUUCUGGUCGAGGACGAUGACGACGAUGAGGUGGCGAGUAACGGUACCACGUUGUAUAAAUCUGUGUCCAGUGGACCGAGUCAAGAACGUGUGACUGCAACCACGCCAUCCACCAUCAGCGUUUCGAAUGGUGAUAGAGCAGUUGCUCCAACAGGUGGACAGAAAAAGUAUCUCAGCAAAGAAGAAUUGUGCAAGAUCUCGCACAAAGUGGAUCUCAGCAAAACGGGACAACAGAAUGGAUACAAUUUUGAUCGCGCAAUGGGUGUGCUGAAAAUUAACCGUUCCUUGUUAAACGCUUUGCAAAGGGACGGAGUACUGCAGCAGUCCGAUGGUGGUGGUGAUAAUAACCCGGUACCCAAGAGCGGAAAAGUUGUCCCCACCAAUACAAACAACACCACCACCACUGUUACCUCCAACGUUCGUCCGGUUUGUGUAGCUUCCUCUUCUACUACUACAAUGGCAAAAACAAUGCCUAGAAUGAAAGUCGUUCCCCGAGUAACAACAGCUACACCUACCACGACACUUUCGGAGACAAGCACGUCCAAUCAUGGUGAACGAACCGAGGAAAGUACAGCACCACGCAAAACCAACAGAACAAAUACGACCAAGCCGGCAAUCAAUUUGAAGUACCUGAACGACGCACAAAAAGAGAGAAAAGUUCUGAUGCAACCGCAUACAAAGGGUGUGCUGGAGUCGAAAAUUUCCGGCCUCGGAAUGGUGGAAGCCAUCCGGUUCAAAGACGAGGUGAUCAUAAAUUUGAAGGAGCUUACCGUGAAGAAGCAGCUGGUGAGCGUACCCAAUCUAGAGGCGGCAGUCACACUGCUCAAUCAGUUCGUCCAGCGCAAUACGUACACAUUCUGUCCACGCAAUCUUAUGAUACAGUGGCAGUUUAAGGAGCAAACAGCCCCGCUGCUACUGAUCGAUAAGCUGACCAGUCGGAUCAGCCAACGUUGUGUUGUCACACCACAUGGAUUGAUUAAUCUAUUCAAGCAAGAUCAGGUGGAAAAGAUAAAAUCUUCGGACCCCAUGCUGUACGAGGAACUGCAGAUGUUGAAGCUGUGCAUGCUGUGCUUCGACAAGAAAAACUACGAAGAAGAUAAAUGCUACGAGCACGAGGGCAAAGUUUACGAACAGGCACUCAACACUAUCAGUACGAUACAAAAGAAGGAACUGCAUAUGAGGCAGCAGAUUUGUAGGCUGGAGGAAUCUAUUGAAAAUAACGAGGCUAAGUUAAAAGAACUCAAACGGAAAACUGGACCAUUGUCGAAGGAAGUAAAUCAUGCACCUGCUAGCAGCAACCGGCAAUCGGUGAUCGUGAUUGAUGACGAUGAAUGA